AUGGAGGUGCUAGCGAACGCGGCCGUGGCAGAAAUAUGCAAACUCGUAGACGAUGGGUAUGCGGUCCUGCGUUUGGAGAUCUCUGAGAGCCGAAAAGAGAACAAAGCUUUAAAGAGAAAACUGCAGAUGAUGGAGCUGCGGGUCGCGCGAGGAGGUGCAGGCAGAGAUGAGGCCCAUUUUCAAGCUGCAGAGAGAGUCUUCGGCAAGCUGGUGGACACGGGUCCGAGGAGGGGAGGAGAUGCAAACCUCUCAGCUGUGGAUGACGACGGCUCUCCAGCGAACCCCGUGAUCACGUGGGACGAGUGUGAAGACAUUGAGGAGGGAAGAUCUGAGUCAGUACCUGUCAAGGAAGAGAGAGUCGAGGAGGACGGUGACCCCCAGAGAGGGCUAAAGUUUCCUGGACAGAAAGCUGUGGAUCUGGAUGCUGAUGGAGGCAAAAGAGAUCCCACUGUGGACACACAGAGUCGACCAGCUCAACACACAGAGGAGCUCACUGAGCAGCACAGGACCAGACACAGUGCUUGGGAGAGUGCAGACAUGGAGGAGGGAAGGACUGAAUCACUUCUUAUAAAGGAGGAGAGGCUGGAAGAGGACAGUGACCCACAGGGAGAGCUGAAGAUCAGGGAGGAGAGAGUUGUGGAGUCUGACACGGAUGGUGAUGAAAAGGCCUCCUCUCCAGGCGGGCGGAGUGAACCGGGCGAGCAGCUCGCUGAGCAACACAGGAGCAGGCUCAGCGCGUGGGAGAUCAGCGGGCUGGAGGCUGCUCUCGCCACGGAUCCAGAGAGCAGUGGCACCAGCAGGGGGCAGCAGCACGAGAGGCUGAGCAGUCUGUUCUCUGAGUAUGUGAUAUACGAGAGGGCCGCGCCGCUGCGGGUUUGCUUUCCUCAGGCGGACGCUGACCUGGAGGCUGAAGACCCGACGUGCUCUUUCCCCGCGGAAACUAAGGCAGAGACCCUGUCGAGUCAGGCGGAGCCGAAGUUUGGUCCUCCCGCAGAGGAAGGCGCCGCCUCGUCCUCUUUGGGGCCUCUCGACUGGAGGCCGGAGGCUGCCAUGAUCACCUCCAAAACGCGUCCGCCCCAUCCCCAGCUGACAGCCCGCGAGAAGCCGGAGUCCAACCCGGACGCCGCGGGCAUGAAUGGACUCGCCCCCUGUGAUGGAGGAUAUGCCGCUUUCAAAAGCAAUAACACCCACCGCAGAGCCAGCACCAGAGAGAAGCGGUUCUUUUGCUCGUUUUGUGGGAAGGGUUUCAGUUUUCCGAAACAGGUUGAAAUACACCAGAGAGUCCACACGGGUGAGAAACCGUUCAGCUGUACCCAGUGUCGACAGCGGUUUUCCCACUCUGGUAAUCUAAAAAGACAUCAGAGAGUCCAUACUGGGGAGAAACCGUUCAGCUGCACACUGUGUGAAAAACGGUUCUCACACCUACAUCAGUUGAAAAUGCAUCAGAGGAUCCACACUGGAGAGAGACCAUUUGGUUGUGCACACUGUGGGAAAAGGUUUUCGGAGAGAAGUUAUCUUAGAAUACACCAGCAAAGAAGCCAUACAGGUGUGUACAGUGUGAGAUGAGAUGUAUCAACUGGGAUGGAAAGAAAAAAGAAGAAACCUACCCUGGAUUUACAUUAGAAAUCUACCCUUAGUACACAGUGUGGGAUGAGUCUCUCAUUGUGCAAUCUGUAAUAAUAAUUCAAAGGUUGCAUGAAUUGAUUUUUUAAAAUAUAUUGGAGGCUGUCUUUCAAUUAGAGGGGCACUGGAUUAGAGACAUGGUAGAAUGAGUCGUCAUGAAUCCCAGAAUGGGCGCAGCUAAGUGUAAGAGGAGACUGAUUCAUUUGAGCAAAUCAUAUUGGCUUGCUGUGGAGAGGAAAGUCUGUUGAUUGGUUCAUAUAAGCAACGUGACUGACACCACACUGUAGAUCAGUCCAUUGACUUCAUGAGGCCUCAUAUCUCCAUAACAACUGGGUUGCAAUCUCAGAAACGUUAAAAGUGUAACGGAAAGAGAAGUUCAAAUUUACAAGGAAGUCAGGCAAGUUCAAGGGUGGAGAACACCACUUCUGAAGAGCUGCUGCAUAGGGCCUGCUGGUUUUCACUGCAUCUCAGUUCUUAAUUGUCAUAUUGAAGUCCUUAUUUUCAAGUUUGAAGUUAGUUGCUAACCCGAAGGUAAUUCUAAAGCC